AAAUUAGACAUCAGAUGCAGGUCACGUGAUUGGACAGUCUAGUUAUUUUUGGGGCACUGAUUUUGGCGUUACUACCUAAUUAACGAGUAAUGGAUGACGAGGCACCAGUUAUUUACGGAUUGGAGUUUCAAGCUCGAAGCUUGACAGCCCAGGUUGCUGAGACAGAUGCUAUCCGCUUUCUAGUUGGAACACAGUCCCUCAAAUAUGACAAUCAGGUGCAUGUGCUGGACUUUGACGAGGAUAAUAAUGCUCUCAACAAAACGGUGUUCUUUCACAAAGAUGGAGAGAUAUGGCACAUUGGUUCAAGCCCAGGAGACAAAGAUGUCCUAUCAACAUGCUUCAACAAAAUUGUAGACAACAAACUCCAGGGCCAGGCAGCCAUCUGGAGACUACCAAGCGAUGAUGAGGACCCAGACAUACAGGAUGUGGGUCUCCAUGACGACGCAUCAUCCAACGCAAAGAACCUGGAGGUGCUGUGUCGGCUGGACAACUCAGAUGCGGGCAACAUUAUGAGUGUAUUAUGGGAGCCUCAAGGAGAUGGGAACAGGAUCCUGUCUCUGACGGACAAUAAGUUUCUUGUGUGGGAUCUAGAGGCCAGUGGAAGCAGAGCUAGGAUGACGAGUUCAGCAACCUUAGAGGGCAAAGGUCAUCCUAAGUUCACCUCUCUUCGAUGGAACCCGCAUCAUAACAACUCCCAGGUUGCAUCAGCCAAUGAUACAACCAUUAGAGGGUGGGAUCUCAGAUCUAUGGAGCAAACAUACAUGAUAGAGAAUGCCCAUGGCCAGUUGGUUCGGGAUUUGGACUUCAAUCCGAACAAGCAAUACUACAUGGCAUCCUGCGGCGAUGAUUGCAGCGUCAAGUUCUGGGAUGUUCGCAACACCGAAUGGCCCGUCAUGGUCCAGAAUGACCAUUCGCACUGGGUUUGGAGCGUAAGAUACAACCAAUUCCAUGAUCAGCUUGUCCUGAGCUCAAGCAGCGAUAGUCGGGUCAUCCUAACCAACGCAGCAUCUAUCUCAUCCGAACCGUUCGGUCACAUGGACGAAGACGAUGAUGACGAGGAGGAGGAUGACGACAUCAUGGAUAACGAGGAGAAAAACAGGUCUAAAGAAGCCAUGAAGGAUGGUGUCAUAGCAACCUAUGAAGAGCAUGAGGACAGCGUGUAUGCGGCCGAGUGGUCUGCGGCCGACCCUUGGCUCUUUGCCUCGUUGAGUUACGAUGGUCGGUUAGUCAUUAACAGAGUACCAAGGGCUGAAAAGUACAAAAUUCUUCUCUGAGCUUCCUUGAGUCAAAGUCACAUGGAUCAUUUGUUCUGAAGUGAACCAUUAGUUGGGCUGGCUAUG